AUGAAAGUUUUUGGUCGUUCUUGCAAUCCAUUUCAGUUCUGGCUGGAUGCCAGAUACGAUGCGUUUCAGCCCAGGUACCAGGCCUUGAUUAAUGAGGUCCAGGACUUGGUAAGAAGUCUAGAGAAAGAAGCCGAUUACCCCGAUAUAAUGGCCCUGCCCUUAGCAAAAGCGAAGAAGUUCCGUAAUCGCAAUCAAACAUUGAGCUCCGUCACUGCUCGGCUGAAUCGCGUCGUGAAAAAGCUACGGUCGUCGCUGUGA